UUCAAGCGGACAGAUCACAUCCGGUGUAGAUGUUUGCCAUGUUUUGGAUCUGUUGCCUCAGUUUAGUUUAGUUUCAAUUUCAGCUACCCAUUUUACGUUAUAUCAGUUAUUUUCAGCCGUCAUGUCUCGGGGGUCAAGUGCAGGAUUUGACCGCCAUAUCACUAUCUUCUCUCCAGAGGGAAGACUCUACCAAGUCGAGUAUGCCUUUAAAGCCAUCAACCAGGGAGGACUAACCUCCGUAGCGGUCAGAGGGAAGGACUGUGUUGUGGUCGUCACGCAGAAGAAAGUCCCAGACAAGCUGUUGGAUGCGGUGACUGUCACACAUCUGUACAGAAUUACGGAGAACAUUGGCUGUGCUAUGACCGGCAUGACUGCUGAUAGUAGGUCUCAGGUGCAGAGGGCACGGUAUGAAGCAGCUAACUGGAUGUAUAAGUACGGCUAUGAGAUCCCUGUGGAUAUGUUGUGCAAACGCAUGGCGGACAUCUCCCAAGUCUACACGCAGAAUGCUGAGAUGAGGCCGCUGGGCUGCUGUAUGAUAGUGGUCGGACUGGAUGAAGAGUUGGGUCCACAGCUCUAUAAGUGUGAUCCAGCCGGCUACUACUGUGGCUUUAAGGCUACAGCAGCUGGAGUCAAACAGACUGAGGCCACAAGCUUCCUAGAGAAGAAAGUCAAGAAGAAACUGGAUUGGACCUAUGAGCAGACCAUAGAGACGGCUAUCUCAUGUCUGUCAACCGUUCUGUCCAUUGACUUCAAGCCCUCCGAGUUGGAGGUGGGAGUUAUCACUACAAAAGAAUCUAGAUUCAAGAUUCUGUCCGAGUCGGAGAUCGAUGUCCACCUGGUAGCUUUGUCUGAGAGAGAGUGAGGAAAGUUAGCAUCCAUUUUGCUGCCGACUCUGAAAAGGAUGAACAGCAAUACCAGACACCCCACCUCCUCCACACAAAGGUGUCAUCUAGUAAGACGAUAAAGGAGGAGUUGGUAUCGUCUUGUUCAGAAGAGGUGGUGCUAUACAGUGAGGUUGAGAUAAACAAAAAUAUGAACAGUAAAGAACAAUAUGGUCCUAAUUACCAGGUGGGUAGAAUAUGUUACCCGUCUGCACUGGCACGUACCCCUCCUCCAUCCUCUCUGGUCAUUGCCAGGACCCGACUGGACAUAUUAUUAUCCACAUAUUGACCCCUACUGCAUUUUUCUUCUAGCCGCACUGAGGCAUCCUCACUGUAGGCAGCUGUCAAAUGUCACAGAGCCUGGAAAGAUACUGCACAUUUAAAUUAGUCCAUCAUAUGACCUAUGGGUCUGAUAUGCUCCUUCCUCUGGAUGGAGCUCAGCCCAAAUGACUUCAGUUGAUGAGUGUGACAUGAGCAGAUUGGAAGAUGGGGUUACACUACAACUACACCACAAUACCUCUUAAUACCUCUCAAUAUUAUGGACUUGGUGGUCCUGUAGCUAUUUGAGUCACUGUAUUUCAACAGUGCUUACAAUCUUUACUCAGGGCUGCAACAUCGUGUAUCUCUCAUUUUUAUCAAAUCUGCGUUAAAGUCUGGCUGUAGUUCCAGGAUGAUGUUUAUGCUCUGGUGUGCUUUGGUAACCCAGGGGACAGCUGUGGGAGUUCUCCAUAAUCAUUGUCACAACCGUCCCGUGUUUAGGUCUGCUCAGGUCAACGUCAACAGGAAGUCACCAAUUAUUUAAUUCUCUCCCUUGAACCUCCUCCCCUCUGCUGCCAUUGCUGUACAUUACUGCCCUUCUAUUAAACACAAUGUUUUUAUUGAACACUUAA